AUGAAGGAAGAGUGCAUAAUUUGCUAUGAUACGUAUACCACAGGGGUAGUCACUGAGUGUGGGCACAGGUGCUGUUUAAAGUGUGGGUUACGGUAUAAAUUUAUAAGUAAUAAGUCAGGGUGUCCAAUCUGUCUUAGAGAGGUGGCUGAUGAAGAAUUACUGUUUCGCAUGGUGAGGAGUCCCGGGGAGAGAUUCAUUAAUACGGAAGAGUCUUAUAUCUGGGCUAAUUCUAUUGUGUGCAAACCCGAGGAGAUUGAAGAGAUUGAAGGAUUGCUUACUCGGUCCUGUAAAUUGUGUAAGACAGAGUUCUAUGACAGUGAAACACUAAUGGCUCAUUAUACAGCCAAGCAUAAAAGGUACUUAUGUGAACUGUGCGUACAGUACAGAUGUGAAUUUCCGUCUGAGUAUAUCGUGUACAGUUUAGCAGAAUUAAAUACGCACAGGACAGAGAAGACCAUAGGAAAUGGCCAUCCUAGCUGUGGGUUCUGUAGGGAGCGGUUUUAUACACCAGAGAUCUUAAUGAAGCACUGCAGAAAGGCCCAUGAAUUAUGCUAUUUGUGUGAGAGACUUGGCAAGAAGAACGAGUACUACAAGAACUAUAAGGAAUUAGAAGGACACUUUAAGAAAGCACACUAUACAUGCGAUGAGAAAAUGUGUUUAGAUGCCAGGUGCUAUGCAUUUAUUGAUGAAAUUGAGUUGGCAGCGCAUAAAGUCAGCACACACCCCGUCAAAAAAGAACGAAUCAGAAUUCCGAUACUCUCCUCAGUGCACGCGCAUAAGAAGACAGCCGUAAAAGAAGACGUAUACAAAAAAGGAAGAAACCCGAAUGAACCCGGAAAUGAGUCCAGUGCAGAGAGUGCACCCCAGGACAGGAAUACUCCAGAAGUACCAAAGCACUUGAACAGAGAAGAGUUAUUAAAGAAAAGGAACAUGAAAGAAAAGUAUACAAAUAUGAUCAGUCGGUCGUAUACAUCACCAAGGGACGUAGUGCUAUUAACAGAGAAAUACGACAGAGUGGAAAUAGGACUGGACGAGUUUGUUGGUCAAAUAAGAGCCAUCCUUGGUGAUACGAAAACAAUCGAGUUCAUUGAAAGGGUUUCAACAUACUUAAUGCCAGACAGGACAGAAGACAUUAAAGUGAACUUCCCGAAGAUCAGAAGAUCAAUUGAAUUUGCACCAACCCCACAGAAAUCACCACACGCCAAGAACCAGCCACAGAAGAGUGCCGGGUCACCACAGGAACAGAAAAAAGAAGAAUCACCAAGUGGGUACACAAUCAACCCACAGAAGAAUCCACUUGAAUGUGCGUAUACAACAGCCCAUAAGAAGGACUUAAACCCACCCAAGCAGAAACCUGCACUGAAAGUGUCUUGGUCCUCAGCACACACAAUUUCCGGGUGGAGUAACAAACCCGGGGCAGCCACAAAGCCCACCCCAAUUUCAAAAAUUGAGAUAAAAUUACCCACAGCAAUUAAAAAGGACUCUUCGAAGGCACCGAAUGACAAGGAGACUGCCCCUACAAGAAGACACCGCGUAUUUGAAAUUAAAUGAAUAAAAUUAAUA